UCAUUUUGAAAAGACGACACAUUUGGAAGACACAAAGUCAUAGUCUUCAACUUUAGUUGCUCACUUUUGUUCUUUGCUUCCGGCAUGUACAGGAAAGAAAACGUCGCCAUGAACACUCUACCAAUCAGCAACGGCCCUAACACGAUCUCACAAAAGAUGUCCGACUAUGACAACGACGACGACGACGUCCCAAAAUCUGGCACCAAAACAAUCGUCGAAGAUUUCGUCGACAACGCGUCCACCCAUGGGAUACCGCGAGUCCUGAAUUCGUCUCGCUCGUCGAUUUCCCGGCUGUUUUGGUGCCUUGUCACAGUAGGACUCAUGGCUGCACUUCUUUACCAGGGCUCGAAGCUCGUCAUCUCCUUCAUUGGUCGGCCGACUACGACCAAAAUCUCGCUCGUCACCAAAUCGAAGCUCGAAUUCCCGUCCGUCACGAUCUGUAACCUGAACAUGAUGAGAAGAUCACAACUGAACGGGACCAGGUUCGAAGCCCUAGCCGAUUUGGACAAGGCUAGUGACAUCGACGGAAUCGGCCACGACGAUUCCGACUACGAUUGGUUCUUCAGUAGCGAUGAUGCGUCUCCCAGUUCGCCAGGGGGUGACCCCUCAACCACUCCUCAACCUGGUCGUCGUCGUCGUCGUCGUGCAGUUAGCAGCGACAAUUCUUACAAUUAUGACUACAAUUACGAUACAUGGGACAGCAUAGAAGACCCGAAUGAUUGGGAGAGAUUCUACGAGAGUUCCACGGCAAGCGACUUUAGCGAUUUCCAGGCCGUAGUCAGACCGACGGAGGAAGAGCUGAAGAAAUACGGACAUCAGGCAAAAGAUUUCAUUCUGCAAUGCACCUUUGAUACCCAGCCGUGUAGUUACAAAAAUUUCACAGUCAUUCAAAAUGUCAACUACGGAAACUGUUUCGUGUUUAACAACGCACAUAAACUGAACAGAAGUACAACCAUCAAUACUACGCGGACUGGCAGUCAAUACGGCCUUCAUCUGACAUUGAUGGUGGAGCAGCCCGAAUACAUCGGUAUUCUCAGCCCGGAUUCUGGUGUCAAAGUCGCCAUCAACGACCCCCGCAUACACGCGUUCCCUGAAGACGACGGCUUUAUGGCAGCGCCUGGAAUCGCCACUUCCAUCGGGCUAAAGAAGACAACAAUCACCCGACUGCCCAAGCCGUUCGGUGACUGCAAGAGUGACGAGUCAUCAGAGUACUACGAACCCGAGAAAUACGACUUCAACCGGCGAUCCUGUAUGAAGCUUUGCCUUCAAAAGAUCAUGAAACAGAACUGUUCCUGCAUAACCGACAUCCUCAUCGAUGGAGACAUGUGUGGGGCCAUCGACAAAGAGCAAGUAAAAUGCAGGUCACUUGUUUUAAGAGAGUUUCUGAAAAACAACCUUGGAUGCCAAUGUUCCAACCCUUGCAGUGAAACUUUGUUUAACCCGACAAUAUCAACAUCACGAUGGCCAGGUGUAAGAUACGAGGCUCAUAUGUACCACAGGCUGGCGAAUAUCAGCGCAAAAGCAGCUAAAAUUCUUACCAAUGCUGAGCAGUCGAGAAACAACCUCGUCCGACUUAGGGUGUUCUUUGAAGAACUCAAUUUCGAAGAGGUUCAAGAAUCUCCAUUGAUUACGGUGGAAGCUCUUUUCGGUGGUGUGGGUGGAUUGAUGGGUCUUUACGUCGGAAUGUCUUUCAUAUCACUGAUGGAGAUACUGGUCUUCAUCAUGGAAUUGCUGCGGUCUCUGUUCUGUCCGAAGAAAACCAAAGUUUCUGGACUCUGAGACUGGUUGUCAUACAGAGCGUACCUACCUUAGUAUAUGUUUUGACCCGGUCUAAGCAUGCUGAAAGGCUGGUUUAAAUAUGACAUGGUUAACCGCUGGAAGAAAGAAAAAACCCGCCGCGGUAUUUUUGUUGUAUAUAGUGUUUAUGAAUGGCAAUUGAGCGCAACGCGGUGAAACGCGUAUUUAACUUAGUCUUUAUAAAUAUCAAACCGGAAAAUUAUGGUUAACACUGAAUUCAGAUGGUCAUAAGGUGUGGCGUGUUUCGACGACGACCGAAGUCCCCGGU